UCCUGAAGUGUCCGCCACUGACUUGCACGACUGGCGACGUGGCCCACAUCUCGCCGGUGACGCCGCUCACGGUUGCGGUCCUCUGCGCUGGCGUCGCCCUGCUGUCCUUCUUCACGGGCCGGCUGACGCGCUGGGGCGCUAAGGGCGGGCGGUACGCCGACGACCUGGACACCACUGCUCGGGCUCAGGUGGCGCAGUACAAGGCCAAGGUGGGCGACUUCUGUGUGGUGCGCUACAACGUCCCCGGUGUGCCCCUGUACCACGAGAGGCUGGUUCACUACCUGCCGUUGGGUGCUGGGCUGACCGUGUCCAUCACCACGCCCGAUGGUGACGAGUACGAGGAGGUGUGGGGCCUGCCCGACAUCGUCGAAUGGGAGCCGCUGCCAAACCGACAGCCAGGAGGCGUGUUGAUGGGUCGGCCGGGAGCGCGCUACUAUCGGUUCAGAGCUGGUGCGAUGCCUACUGCUGCGAGCCUCACGGCGUCCGCUGUGGCUGCUGCUGGACGCCUGGGCCAGCCUGCGCCGGGCGGGCCCUUGGUGCCGGCCCUCGGCGGGCGCCUCGUCGGGCCGCCGGCGGGGGGGGCCGCGCCCGGCGCGCUCGGAGCCGGGGGCGCCGCUGCCCCGCUUGGCGGAGCACCGGGCGCGCCGGCGGCGGCCGCUGCAGCUGCGCCGGGCGGGAUGGCCCCGGCGGCGGGGCUCGGCGGCCUGGUGGCGGCGCUCGGUGGCCCAGCGGCAGGAGCACCAGCUGGCGUGCUGGUUCCAGGCCCGCUGCCCGCCCCCGCCGCGGCCGGCGUCGCGGCGGCCGCGGCUCCAGGAGCCGACGGAGUGCUCGUCGCCGCGCCCGCCGACGCCCCAGGGGCGGACGCCGCCCCUGUGCCCGCGGACGCGGGCGCCGCCGCAGCCGCCGCGGGCCCGCCCGCUGCUGCGGGAGGCGCGCCCGCGGGUGCUGCGGGCGUUGGCGGCCACGUCCAGGACGCGAGGGUGCUCCCGGUGGUGUAUGACGUCAUGGGGAACCGCCGGCGGGAGUUCCGCGAGGCGGUACUGGCCUGCCGGGAAGACCAGUGGGCGGGUUGGCCCGUGCGCGGACCACGCACCGCGCUCUGGGUCCUGCGGUGCAUCAUCGAGCACGGCGGGACGCCGACCGGGAUGCACUCUCGGUGGCGCAGUGAGGCCCGCCUCCAGGAGCACGAGCCAGGGUUGCAGGAGCAUGAGCGCUCGUGCCGGGCGCUGGAGGAGCUCAUCUGUUACGACCAGUGUAAUGGGGCGAAUCUGGCGGCCGUGGAGCUGCUGGUGCGGAACGUCCAGGUGCAGCAGGAGAGGUACCGGGACAGGAGCGCUGGCGGCUCAGGAGGCGGCGGUCCUGACAGCGUCGACACGCACCUGUACAUGGGCAGCGAGCUGACCAGAGGCGGCCGGCGCGGCCCCUUGACUGAGACGCCUGUGGACCGUGGUGCCUCUACCGGUCCGCCGAACAGAGAGGUUUUUGACAUGCUGGGGCAGAGCGGCCGCCAGCGCGACAUUUUUCCGCUGCCCCCGCUGUGCCGAGAUCACGUCGGCGCGGCGGGCCGCCAUGACCUGUCCCGGGUCACCAGGCGGCGUGGGGAGGCUGCCAAGCACAUCCUCGAUUGGGGCGACGACUGCAUCGACGCCCUGAACGACUUGUACGGCCACCAGGAUCGGCCGGCGGUCCCCGCCAACGCUGGUCAGCGACACGCAGUGGAGCAUGUCGAGUCGCGAGUGCGCGCGCUGGGCAAGCCCCCACCAGAGGCAGGCUUCCGCGAGGGAGCCCUCCGUGAGCUCCUCGCGGGGACGGGGAUCUACCAGACGGGUGAUCUCUCCUCCCGACGGCCGUAUGUCAAGGAGUCCAUUUCCUGGCCCUCGCCCGACGUGCAGCCCGUCCCGCUGUGCGCUUGCCUGGGUGAGGCCGAGUCUGAGUGGCUGGGCCGCUGGCAAAGCACCUUGCUCAGGCCAGAUCAACCUACAUCCGCAGAACGUGCUGAGUUCUGCCCGCACGGACCUUUUUUUGAUCCCAGUCUCUUCAGUAAGCCUCUGCUUUACGCCGAUUUUGUCGCCAAGUUGCUGGCCCGCGGCAUGGUGGAGCUGAGGGAGGACUGUGACGCGGCCACCGUGGGCUGCUUCUUCGUCGCGAAGAAGAACAACAAGUUGAGAGUGAUAUUUGAUACGAGGUAUGCAAAUCUAUUUUUCGGGCGACCAGCUCGGACCGCUUUGCCGACGGCUACGGCGCUCGCGGCUUUCGAGAACCCAGGGCACGACACCUACCUUGCCUCGGGCGACAUCGAUAAUGCCUUUUACAGGCUGCGGCUGCCCGACGGCCUGUCGUCCUACUUCCGGCUGCCCGCCCUGGACGCCAGCCUGCUCGGGAUCACGCACCUGGGCGGGGCGCGGCUCGCGCGAGGGGCGCGGGUGCAGCCCUGCGUCUGCGUGCUGCCGAUGGGCUGGAGCCACGCGCUGGCCCUCUGUCAGGGGGUGCUGCGGCGGGCCCUGGACUCCGCGGGGUUCACAGAGGGCCAGUGCAUCGAGGACGGGAAGGCCGGGGUCGUGGUCGACGAGGAGGGCGCCCUGGCGGUCGCCGGCUACGUCGACAACUACGCUGCCCUGGGUCGCUCACCGGCCAUCGUCGACCGGGCCGCCCUCGCCGUCACGCGCGUGCUGACGGAUAAGGGGCUGCUCACGCACGAUGAGGAGCCGGCCGCCCGCGAUGCCACCUUCGUAGGCCCGACUGUGGAGAUCAGUGCGGCGCGAGCUCUGGCGAUCUCGCUGUAUCUUACCGUUGCUCCUGUGGACUCCAUCAAUGACCCCGACAAGGCCCUUGAGAACCUGCUGGUCGACAACCCCGUGGUCUUCGACGAGGAACGCCCAGCAGGUGGCCGCCUCUCCACGGUGCAGACCUUCGGCCUCUCGGUCCUCGAGUCCGCGGCGAUCCGCCCGAACACGCAGAGGCAGUACCAGGACCGCCUGGCGACGCUGGUCCUCUUCUGCCGGACGUACCGCCUGGACUGGGACAGCUGGGAGACGCUGGACAAUGCGGUCACCGCGCUGCUGAACCAUCAGUUCCUGGACGGCAAGUGCUCGGACCUGGGGACGCAGCUGAUCGCGGCGCUGGCGCACGCCACGCGCCUGCUGCGGGAGCUGCAGGAGGUCCACAGCGACGUCUUCGGCUUCGGGAACUUUGUGAUGACUCACUUCACGGGACUCGUCGAGCACGGGCUGACUGGCCCGCUUUUCGACCAGGUCCCGGCGAGCGUGAGCGUGACUCACCUGGUCCACGGCGGGGACGUGGGCGCCCACCUCGGCAAGAGGUUCGCUGCGAGCCUGGGCCGGGCAGUGCGCUUGCGGUCGCUGCUGUUCCUCGAGCUCUUCGGGGGCUGUGGCCGCGUCGCGGCCAGCGCGCAGGCCAUGGGCUAUGCCGCGCUCAGCCUGGACAUCAACGGCUCACCUCUGGAGAACCAUCUCACCCCGACCUUCCUCAACAGGAUCCUGGGCUGGAUCGCAA